AUGACUAGCAUGCCCUCUAAAGCAGGAGCUCCUGCAAAACGAGGUAUCUUGACCUUUUUCCAGAAUGAGAUGAAUGUUAAGGAGUCCUCUAAAACAGUGGAUAGAGAUCAAGAAGGUGAAGCAAUCGAUAGAGCAUCCAGUUCAGCUACUAUCGGGAGGGCUACAGAGGUUAUAGAUGACAGUUUGGUUGAGGAUGUGAAUUUCAGAAACGGGCCGGUUGAGAAGUCGGAUAUUGGUGUUAGUAAUGGCGGUGGUGAUGGCGAUAGAAUGCUAGUGGAUGACAAGGAGAACCAUGAAGAGCAAUAUAUGCAACAGGGCGAUGGUUUGGACGGUCUGACGGCUUGUGAAUCGAAUUCGAGGCUGGAGAAGGUGUUGAAGAAGCAAAGGGAAAAGGAUGAACGUGAAUUGAGGAGACGGAAACAGAGGGAAGAACGAGAGCUUCAGAAGUUGAAAGAGAAGCAGGAGAGGGAACUUAAAAAACAGCAGGAGAAGAAGGAACGAGAACUUGUGAAGCAGAGGGAGAGGGAAGAACGUGAGUUAAAGAAGCAGAAGGAGAGGGAGGAACGAGAACUGAAAAAGGAGGAGGAAAGAAAGCGUAAAGAGGAGGAGAAACGGAAAGUUGAAGACAAAAGACGUAAGCGAGAAGAAGCCAAAGAGCGUUCGCAGUCGAGGAUCGGUAGUUUCUUUAAAAGGACACCUGUUACAAAAUCACAAGUCGAUACUAAGGAUGAUUAUGAAAAGACCUUUUUACCAUUUUAUAUUAAACGAGAUGUUAAAAUGGCUGAUCAGUUUCAGCUAAACAGACACCAGCUGAUAGAAAGGGAAAAAUGCAUCGAUGAUUUGAUCACUAAUGCUCCAAGCAUUGAAAAUACUAAAUCUUGGUUCGUGUUACGAAAACGGCGUAUUGGUGAUGAAGCUGAAACUCCUCUGAAAGCAGUGGAGGUGCUGCAACAGAUGACUUCGAAAAAUAAGACAGAUCAGGAAUUGCAGGCCCUGUUAAGCCGCGUCCCUCACAGAUUUAUCAAAUUCUAUGAAAAUGUUAGACCACCAUAUGUCGGUACCUAUUCUAAAACAGUGAUACUCCCUCGAGAUAACCCAUUUUCUACCGACGGAACUGGUUUCAACUACGAUUAUGACUCAGAUCUCGAUUGGAUUAAUGAAGAUGAUGAAGGAGGGGAUAUUGAUGACUUGGAAAAUGACGAAGAUGAUGAAGACGAAGACGAUGAAGGUGAUGAAGGUGAUGAACAUGAAUUUGAUGGAUUUUUAGAUAGCGAUGAAGACCCUAGUAUAUCGUCGAAAAAGAAAUCUCUUGGUCCGCUGGUAUCUACAGUACUACUUGCGAGAGAUUUUGCAAGGAUGGAGACUGAAGAUCAAGAAUAUUUUAAUCUCGUAUCUGUAGAAUACUUAGUCGAGGAACAACCGUUCCCUGUAGAUCCCAACUAUUCCCCUCGCAAGCGACCCCAAACCCAAGAUGAAACCGAUCCAACUUCUCACAUAGACCACAAACCUUCAACGCCCAAGAAGACCAAAACCCUGAUAGUCCAUACCAAAGAUUUAUUGAAAGUCUUCGACGAAGUGCAUGAAUCUACAUUUUCUCUGGGAACUAUAAGUGAAAUUAUACAGAAACACAUACCACAAUACAGCAAAGAAACUAUAAAGAAUACCGUAAAGCAGUAUGCUGCUCGAUCCACAGGUAAAGGUAAUACCACCCGUAAAUGGGAAGUGAGGGAUCUGGAACUUUGGGAACAGCUAAAGUCGGAGUUAUAA